AACGAAUGAGUAAACCACGAGUGCAACCCAUCGAUUCACAAUCGACGAACAACUUUUGGAGGUUAUAUUUACAAAACUCAUCGCCAGGGAAGAAUGGUCUUUACCUCGAUCCCCACCAUUUCCCGUUGCUACUCUUCAACACAGCAGUGGGGUGUCAGCCGAACGAACCCGAAGAUCAUUCAUCCCUGGUGAACAUUUUAUUUAUGCGUCAUACUGUUGUGACGGUUUGGUCGAGGCUUAUCAUUGCAAGAAGUUAAUUGCAGAGUUGAUGAGCACACGCAGUGAAUCAUUAGAUGACAGUCUGAUUCCGCAUAUUUUUGGAAUUUUAUUGAUCUCAAUUAUCGUUCGAGAAUGGGUCAACGCCAAGAUCGUCAACGAGAUGCGCUUGAACGAGUAGAGUUCGACCCUGAGGGAAACAAUGGGUUAAUUCUCUCAUCGAUCUACAUCCCAGAAGAGCUUUUGGGUGAAAUUUUCUGUUACAUAGACCCAACCACCCUUCUGAACUUCCAACUGGUGUGUCACCGCUGGAAGAACAUCAUCGAGGAGUAUGUCUGGAGGAAAAAGGCGGAGUUGGUGAUCGGCCAGUCGUUGCAAUCCAUGAAGGACCUCCCCUGGUGUGUCUAUUACCACAUAUGCAGGGGAAAACUAUUUGAAAAAAAUUUCGUGAAGAAUCACUCAGGGCAGACUGGGCUGGACAAGUCCUGGCACAUUAUCAGCCAAGGGGGGGACCACUGGAGAGUGGAAAAAACUCCAGUAGGUGUUGCAGCUCUUCCCAAGGAUCCUAUCUUCGAGGGACACCAGAGUUGCUUUGCUACUUCGUAUUACACGUGUACCAAGGUCCAGACCAUUGAUCUAGUGAGCGAAGGAUUCAAUGCGCAGAUUCUAGAUCAUUUUCAACCGCCUAUUGUGGUAGGUGAAUGGUACAGCGCCCGAUGGGAUUGUCCGGCGAUCUACGAACUUUUAGUGAUUCUGGUGAAUGAUAAGGGAAAAGAGGUGGAUAGGUUUAAAUUUUUCGACGCGAUCGAUGGUUCAAAGCAGAACGAAUGGCAUCACGUCUCUCACGAAUUCAAAAACUACGGACCAGGGGUCAGAAGGAUAAUAUUUCAACACACUGGCAAGGACAGCCUCUUCUGGGCCGGUCAUUAUGGUAGCAAAAUGGCUGGGGCCUCAGUGGUCUUCAGAGUUCCUCGGGAACCCCCAACAUCAUCCGAACCUCGUAGAACUUCGUCAACGAGUGUUGACGUGGACGCCAAAAUGUACUAUGUCGACCUUGAGACGGAAUCUGACUCCGAUCUGAACGAUGAUUGAGGAAUUCUAAAUUAAUGAAGCAGCAAAAGGAUGAAGUGUAACAAGUCUACUUAUUCCUUAGUCGAAUUUUCCAGGACUAUCUGUCAAUCUAAAAGGGAUACCGAAAUUCAUGUGAUAACCCUUUCUGUAGAAUGAAAUAAGAGCUACAAGAAAAGCUUACAAGAAUGUCGAUAUGUCCAUCAGAUUCCGAGGUAUUCCUCGAACAUUUGGAUAAUGGCUGAGUUGUCUUGUGACUAUUUAUCUUUUCGCUAGUUGAAUUUUUGUCUAAAUCAAUUUCCAAUUUUUAUUGAGUCUGUUGCCGGCAACACCUUCCGAUAGUCUAUUAGCACUUACCGCAUAAGCCAAAUGAUUUUAUACAUUCUAUUCAACUAACUUAAUAUUUAAUAUUGAGUAAUUAAUAAAUUAGCCUACAAUUGAUUGAAA